AUGUACGAACCCAAGCUUAUGGAAAAUGAGAGCAGAUUAAAUGCUUGUAAUAAUGAGAGCAGAUUAAAUGCUUGUAAUAAUGAAGAUGAAGAGUCAAUAGAUGAAAUGUUUGCUGCACUAGAGGACGAUACUGAAUUUCUUACAAGAUACAGAGAGGAAAGAAUCGAGCAACUUUCAGCUCAUAUAAAGGAAAUCAAACGCAAUACUGGUGACUCGGAUUAUGGGUUAGUAAAUACAAUAGAUAAUGAGGGAGAACUUAUCAGGUUAUCAACUUCUUCUGACAGGGUAGUCAUACAUUUUUUUAUUGGCAGCUUUAACCGCUGUAAGAUAAUGGACCACAAACUAGCCGCUUUAGCAAAACACCAUCUAAGAACAAAGUUUCUACGCAUUAAUGCUGAAUGUUGCCCUUUUCUAGUCAAUAAAAUUGGCAUUAAGGUGCUACCGUUUACUAUAGCCUACGUAAAUGGCGUCGAGAAGUGUCGCAUAGUAGGUUUUGAGGGGUUAGGAGGAAACCAGCCCCAUGAUUUUUCACUGAAGGCACUAGAGAGACUUCUGAAAGCAAGUGGAGUGCUUCCAACCAUCCUUGAAGAUUUGCAUGUUCAAAGAGCUGGUGCGGAUAGCGCAGAUAGUGACCUAGACAUUUGA